AUGAGUCAGCGGUUACAGGUUGCUCGAAAUCGGGUGGAUAUUUCGGUAGCCGGGAUUGGUCAAGCGGCUACAAGGUUUCGGCAAAGGAUUCGAGCGGUACUGCGGUCACGAGUUUCUGACUUCUCUCGUGAAUUGAACUAUCUGGUUCUUCCAAAAGUUACGGUAAAUCUUCCAACAGCCACCGUCAAUACGGAUACGUGGACUCUACCAAGUGGGAUUCAACUGGCGGAUCCUACAUUCUUCGAACCGACCGUAGUGGAUCUCGUGCUAGGUAUCGAAUGCUUUUUCGACUUUUUCGAAAUCGGACGGAGAAUUUCCCUGGGGGAACAUCUUCCAACCCUAAACGAAUCCGUGUUUGGAUGGAUAAUUAGUGGUGGCAGUUCAGAACCAAAUCGCUCUCUGCAUAUCAGUUGCAACAUAUCAUCACUAGUUGGCCUGGAUGAGUUAAUUUCUCGCUUCUGGUUCUGCGAGGAGGUUGAGUCAGGCAAGGUUAUCUCGCUAGAAGAAAAACAGUGUGAAGAUUAUUAUGUCAACACGGUUCAACGAGGUUCGGAUGGUGGGUACACCGUCUCACUGCCGAAGGUUGAAGAUGCCAUUUCACUGUUGGGCGAGUCUCAGGACAUCGCAUACCGGCGUCUCCAAGGAACGUAA